AUGAUGCAGCGCAACACUCAGCUCUUUAUUAGAGGGAUCUUCUUUGAGAAUAACACACUAAUUAUUGAAAGAGCCAAAAAAGAAGAUGAGGGCCUGUAUCUGUGCAAAGCAACCAAUGAGUUGGGAGAAGUCCACACAACAGCUCUUAUCACCGUGGAGGGCUCUGAUGAAAAAUCCAAUAUUGAAAUCAUCAUUCUUGUUUGUACUGGCCUGACAGCUACCCUUUUCUGGCUUCUUCUGACCCUGAUCAUUCGCAAACUCAGAAAGCCCAGUGUUUCAGAAAUCAAAACAAGCUACCUUUCCAUCAUUGUGGAUCCUAGAGAAAUGCCCCUUGAUCAACAAUGUGACAGGCUUCCCUAUGAUGACAGCAAAUGGGAAUUUCCUCGGGCCCGGUUACAGUUGGGCAAAAUCCUGGGCCAUGGUGCCUUUGGUAAAGUGAUAGAAGCUUGUGCCUUUGGCAUCGACAAAGCUUCAACCUGUAAAACAGUGGCAGUGAAGAUGCUAAAAGAUUGUGCAACAUCCAAUGAGUGUAAGGCUUUAAUGUCAGAGCUGAAGAUCCUCAUUCACAUUGGUCACCACCUCAAUGUGGUCAACUUACUGGGUGCCUGCACUAAGCCUGGAGGUCCUUUGAUGAUCAUAGUAGAAUUCUGCAAAUAUGGAAACCUAGCUAAUUUUCUGAGAGGGAAGAGAGGAGAUUUUAUUGCUUCCAAGCUCAAUAUGGGAAAAAAGGUGAAGACUAUGCAUGAUUCUGACAGUGAUCUCACUCAGCUAACUAAGAAUCAUCUGCAGAAUGUGGCUAGCACAGGAAGUUCCAUCAGUUCUGGUUUUAUAGAAGACAAGAGUUACAGUGAAUCUGAUGAGGAGGAAGAAGCUAGCUAUGACCUCUUCAAGCAUCCCCUUACCUUAGAGGACCUCAUCUGCUAUAGCUUCCAAGUAGCCAAAGGAAUGGAGUUCCUUGCUUCCAGAAAAUGCAUUCAUCGAGACUUGGCUGCUAGGAACAUCCUUCUAGCUGAUAACAAUGUUGUAAAGAUCUGUGACUUUGGUUUGGCCAGAGACAUCUACAAAGACCCUGACUAUGUCUGGAAAGGAGAUGCAAAACUCCCACUUAAGUGGAUGGCACCUGAAGCCAUUUUUGACAAGGUGUAUACAACCCAGAGUGAUGUGUGGUCCUUUGGAGUUCUGCUUUGGGAAAUUUUUUCUCUGGGUGCUUCACCAUACCCAGGAAUGCAAGUAGAUGAGGACUUCUGCCGUCAGCUUAAGGAGGGAACAAGAAUGAGAUCCCCUGAAUAUUCCACUCCUGAAAUCUACCAGACCAUGCUUGACUGCUGGCAUAGUGAUUACACAAAGAGGCCCAACUUCUCUGACUUAGUCAGGCAUCUUGGAGAUCUCCUUCAGGCCAAUGUUCAACAGGAUGGCAAAGAUUACAUACCACUCAGUGGCAAUGGUAGAAUUCCCACAUUUAGGAUGCUGGAUCCAAUGCAAGACACCUUAAGCAAUGAGAUCAUCCUGGAAAACAGUCGGGGGGGCGCGAGAGGAAAUAAAGGAGAAAGCCUGUGUCAGUGUAGACUGAACGCGGGCGCGCGCGCUGACCCACCCCACUGCUGCCCGCGAAGCGGAAGGCGAGAAGGCAGAGGGCGGGACCGAGGUACAGGCGGGCUCGGAGGGGGCGGGCUCUUGAAGCUGCAAAAACCGCGGUUCCACUGCUGGGUCAAGCCAACUAGGACUGUGAAGGCCAGGCCGCGCGGACUCCUCAGAGACGUGCCGCCGCCUGCACUUUUACUGCUGCAGCCAUCUCUUUAUCUUUUGCCUUCCUUUCCCGCGGUCUCCUACGGUGUCGCGGUACUGCAACCUCAGCUUCAACUACAACAACAGCUAAGUGGCCGAUUCCGGGACCUGGGGGUGGAGGUUGGGGCGGGCGCCAGGCGCGGACAGCACAGGCGUACCCGCCAUCUCUUUCCAGCCACCACUGCUCCAGUCAUCCCUCCCGGACGGCAGAAGAAAGCACCGUCGAGAGGCACACACUGUCCUUGUGCCCACAGUCAAGAGUUAGAGCGUUUCUGCCAAGCUCUGGUGAGAUCUUUGAUCUAG